AUGGAACGAAAAGUAUUAGAUAAUUCGGAAUCAUUAUUCUCAAACAAUGAAAAUUAUCCUGUUAGAAUGGUUUAUGUCUACUAUUAUCAUGAUUUGACAUUGCCUAAAAUUCCGCUUUAUACACUUUCCAACAAUCAACAAAUGAUUGGUUCAAUUGAUUUACCUUCAUUAUUUCAUCUAUCACUUGUUGGUCUUCUUAUUCGAGUUAGGCCACCGAAUCAUUGUACUCGACGUAUAGUCGGUAGUUCAUAUAUUAAAGUUUAUGCAUCUGAACCUUGUAUUGCCGAUAGAUUUCAGGAGAGUGAAAGAGGUUCUGGAUCUUAUCUUCUUUGUCCACCAGGUACAAUGAAUGAUGGUUUAGAGCGUUCAAGAAAAGAAUGUAUGACAUGUAUAAAAAAAAAUAGUAAGUACAAACUAUUGUCUUCGUGCUCCUUUGAUAGAAAUUUCAAUGAUCGAUGUUCAAAAAUUUCGAUCAAGCAACUUUUUAUCCUGAUUGACCUAAAUCAACGAAAUUCGAUGAUUAGAUUAAAUACAAAAUCAAUUGAUUGUCUUUUUUAUUUCUUGUCGAUGGUAGAUUUUAAUUGUCAUGAUUAUUAUCUUUCUUGUCUUGGUUAUUAUUAAAGUUUUAGUUUAUUUUCCUAAAUAUAAAAAAUGUCGACAAUUUCGCUCGACUAUAUUAAUUAAAAUAGAUCUUAUUGAAAAAGAUAGUACAUAGAUAGGUGAAAUUGUUUGACUAUUCAUCUUAGUUCUUAUUAUAUUUGCAAUAAAAUUUAGUAAAAUAAAUACUUGAAUUUAUUAAUACUGGAUUUACAUGUGAUCAUUUAACUAUGCAAGAGAGAAUGACUGAUGAAAAUUUAUAUAUUUUUUCGACAAAUUACAAGGGUGUGUGGGUGUGGAUCUUUCCUUCAAUGGCACCCACAACCACACUUACCCCCAUACCCUCAAAUCCACGUCCACCCACUCACACUUACACCCACAUCCAUCCAUACCCCGCAUCUCACACUCCACCCACAUUCACAUCCCAUACCCACACUCCACACACUCAAGGGAGCAACGUAGAAUGAAAGAUCACAUAUACUUCUCAAUGGAGAUUUUCAAUAUUUGAUGCUAUUGGAUAUCUACUUUCCUUUAUAUUUCUUCGCCAAAUAUUUGUUUUUCAAAUUUUUCUCUUCUGAAUUUUGCCAGACAUAUUAUGAUGAAGAUGUAUAAAAUUUCCAUCAAAAGCAUAGGAAAUGGGAUUUGAACACUAUAUUCCAGUUACUUAUUCAAUGCUUCACAUGGAUAAUAUAUUAGUAA